AUGAUGCGUGAUGUGCAGGGAGAUUUUAGUGAAAUGCCUCUUGAGUUUAGAUGUUUGUUUGAUAAUGCUGAAAAACCUUUGUUCUCUGGGUGUACUAAAUAUACUAAGUUAUCUGAUGUGCUUAAGUUAUAUAAUUUAAAAGCAAAGAAUAGAUGGAGUGAUAAGAGUUUCACGGGAUUAUUAGAACUACUAAAAGACAUGUUUCCUAGUGAUAAUGAACUUCCACAUUCAACUUACGAAGCAAAGAAUAGUGAUAAUGAACUUCCACAUUCAACUUACGAAGCAAAGAAGUUGUUGUGUCCGUUUCCACAUUCAACUUACGAAGCAAAGAAGUUGUUGUGUCCGUUGGGUAUGGACAUUGAGAAAGCAAAGAAGUUGUUGUGUCCGUUGGGUAUGGACAUUGAGAAGAUACAUGCAUGCCCAAAUCCGUUGGGUAUGGACAUUGAGAAGAUACAUGCAUGCCCAAACGAUUGUAUACUGUAUUGGAAAGAAUACAAGGACUUGCAUGUGUGUCCAAAGUGUGGGACAUCACGUUAUAAAAGGAAAAAUGUUGAUGAUGUGGGUGAGGGUAAGAAAGGUCCACCAGCGAAAGUAUUAUGGUAUUUACCCGUAAUACCAAGAUUUAAACGCAUGUUUUCUAAUCCAAAAGAAGCAAAAAAUUUGCAAUGGCAUGCUAUUGGGAGAAAAGAUGAUGGAAAACUAAGACAUCCAGCCGAUUCACCACAAUGGAGGAAUAUUGAUAGGAGGUGGCCUGAAUUCGGUACUGAAAAUAGGAACCUUAGACUUGGAUUGUGUACUGAUGGAAUGAACCCCCAUGGGCCUAAACAACCAGGAAAUGACAUAGAUGUAUAUCUAGCCCCACUUAUUGAAGAUUUAAAGAUGUUGUGGAAUGAAGGUGUGUCGGUGUAUGAUGUUAUACUUGUAAAGGAGCUAAGGCAUGUCCUAUUUGUGAAGAUUAUACUUGUAAAGGAGCUAAGGCAUGUCCUAUUUGUGAAGAUGAAACUCCCGAUGGAGCUAAGGGCAUUUCUCCCAGAUGGUCAUCCUUAUCGAAAGAAGAAAAAAGCUUUUAAUGGAAAACCAGAGACUCAAGUAGCUCGUUUGCCUUUAUCUGGACAUGCAGUUUAUGAGCGUGUUAAAAAUGUUGAUGUUGCUUUUGGGAAAACUUGUAAGACUACUCAGAAGACUCUCUGGAAAAAGAGGUCUAUAUUUUGGGAUCUACCAUAUUGGAAGUAUUUACAAGUUAGACACUGUAUUGAUGUGAUGCAUGUUGAGAACAAUGUUUGUGACAGUAUUAUUGGCACAUUGUUGAACAUUCAGGGAAAAACAAAGGAUGGUAUUAAAGCUAGAAAGGAUAUGCACAUGUUACCUAUUGCUAUUCCGGAUAUUUUACCGAAACAAGUUAGACAAGCUAUAACAAAACUUUGUUUCUUUUUCAAUGCUAUUUGCAUGAAAGUUGUUGAUGUAGAUAUGUUAGAUGCUUUGCAGGCUGAUGUGGUAGUUACUUUGUGUCAACUUGAAAUGUAUUUCCCCCCAUCCUUUUUUGAUAUUAUGGUGCACUUGAUUGUUCAUUUAGUGAGGGAAAUUAAGAUCACUGGUCCUGUUUUUAUGAGAUAUAUGUAUCCGUUUGAAAGAUACAUGGGAAUCUUGAAAGGAUAUGUGAGAAACAGAUAUCGACCUGAAGGAAGUAUAAUUGAAGGUUAUAGUUCUGAAGAGAUCAUUGAGUUUUGUUCAGAUUAUUUAGCUGGUGUUGAGUCUAUUGGUGUUCCCAAACCUCGUCAUGAAGGAAGACUCAUUGGGAAAGGUACUAUUGGAUUAAAUUAUGUUCUUCCACCUUUGCACUUGCGAGAUAAGGCACAUCAUCUCGUAUUGGAACACCUUUCUGAGGUUCAUCCGUACUUAGACCAACACAUGUCCAUGAUAAGACAACAAAAUCCUUCAAAGGGUGAAAGAUGGGUAGCCAUUGAACACAAUCGCACAUUCAUAUGA